AUGAGUCUGGCAUUGGAUCUUGAUCGUGCGCGCGCACUAUACCAAGAGAUCGAACUCUUUGCGGCGCACGUUCGGAAAAAUACGCUCGGCACGAUACCUAUUCCACAAGUGGGAGGCAAACUAUCAUCUCUCAGAGGCGACCUGAAGAACGAGAUUGAUCUCUUGCAAAAACGAUGCGCCGAAGAUGCCACUGGUACGCAACCUAGCAAGGGGCGCUCCGGUAGCAAUCUAUUAUUCUUUGAGACACUAUGGGACGCCGCCAAGAGGUCCUCAAAUCUUUUUGAUAUAAGACAUCGGAUAUGCACUCAAAAACUCGACAAACCUCUACUUGCCCCAGGGCAACGCAUUAUACCAUCUUUGGGAACCCACAUGGGCUCGAAAUAUCGUCACAGCCUCGUUGACCUGAUUACUGAUAACGGCCGCACCUGGGUCAAAAUAUCUACCAUUACAAAUAAACGGCUUCUAUACGACUUGGCCAAGGAAGCCGUCUUUUGCGACGACAGCGAUGAGGAUGGGCCGACUGGCUAUACCAUUGAGGAUGAUUUGGAUAUUCCGAUCCUCAAGACUGCCAAGGAACUGGCCAGAGCAGCCACAAAUCACCGGAUUCGCACAAAACCACCAGCCGUUCAUCUUGUACUCCCAAGGAUAAGACUGGGAGAAAAUGUCGAGGUUGAUAAGAUUAUUGAUCUAUGUCGUCAAAUUCCUGGCUUGGAGGUCUUUUGCAGGGAUGAUGUCAAGCCGCCACCCGAGCUCAGCGAGAGUACCAUGGCUCUCAUGUAUCCGAAUCCUAGGGCUUCAUUUUCCGGAUUACUCAAUAUUGACACGUCUGUUAUAGUAGCACUCACUUCCGAAUUUUCGCAUACCAACGUCACCGUAGAAGAUUGGUUUGACCGCCAAAGACUUGCCCACUGCGAACAGGAAGAAAAGGAAAACUUUCUGGAAAGACAGGUCUACCCCAUCAUAGGAGGCUACGAACUCGUCUGUGUCCAAGAGGCCAUUGAGACAUACAAGCACAUUGUCGAUACUAUCGGCACGCCAGGGGAAAGGGCUCGCGCCAAGAUUGUCUUGGGAGAAGACUCGUCAAAGACGCCAGCGCAACUGCUCGAGGAACUUCAGAAAUGGUCCGUUCAUCCCGUCCCAACUUCGCUAAGGCUACCCGUCCGCGUGGUCAAUAUCGAGUCCGACCUCCAGGGGCUUCCGCCUCAGGCAAAGGUCGUCUUGGAGAACCAGCUCAAUCCAGGCCGCUCAGUGUUUACCUAUGGCUGGGCCAAGAAGCUCACCACGGUGACUUGCAACGGCGUUGCGACGAAACAAUUGGCGCAUGGCUUGGAAAAAUUCUCCGAACGCGACGGCACCACUUUGGAUGACGAGAUUUGGCCAUCCAUGUGGGCCUUUUCCUCGUCGAGACCGCUUUUGGGUGUACCCAAGUCCGCAGGAUGGCGUAAGAAGCACAUUGGAAACUGUGAAGCCAACGGCUGCACCUGUGGCGUCGAGAAGUUCCAUCCUGAUACCAACGUCGCAGCGGGUUAG